AUGGAUGUCUCUGCGCACUCCUCGUCUCUCGACGACCCUCUCUUUUUGACGCACUAUUUCCACUUUUCUCUGACCUCGCCGGUGAGGGAACAGAGAGACGCAGGCACUCAAAAACUGUAAAGUCACGGCGAAUGGUCUAUGAAAAUUGAGAAAAAAAAGCAUUUCAAAAGAUUACAAACUAAAUCGUACGCUGCAACUUCAUUUCAUAGUGUACCUAUUAUUUUUCUUUAGUUUUAUGUAAUAUUGACCUCGAAAUAAAAGAAAAGAAAUUUGAUCGUAACUCGGCACGGAAGUCACUUUUUUCCGUGGGAACUCGAUAUUUCGCGUCGUUUGGAACAAGUUGAAAAGACCUACGUCACACGUCCAAAACAUGAUAACUUUGGAAGUCUGAAGUAGACUAAAGAACGAUUUUCGAACCUGUUUUGGCGAACUUUUCUCAUUUUCUCUUAUUUUUGUUCAAAAAAUUGUUACUUUCAAUUGAAAUAGACUGUUUUUCAAUUCAAAAUAGCAAAAUGAAUCACAUUUUCUUCCCCUUUGAAAAAAGGAUUCGCUGAGGACGGAAAAUCGUCCUUUGCACUCAAAACCAAAGUACGAAGUACGUUCAAGUUUUUCGAGCUUCAAAAAAACUUUUUGAAAUGUAAUUUUUUUUUCUUUUAAGAUGGUCGAUAAUGAACAAUAAUUUAUCCUUAAAAGUUUACAAUUCUAUUUUUUUAAAAAAAGUUAUUUUUUUCAUCGUUUUUUUCUCAGAGUUUUUUUUUCUAAUAAAACGGAUGGAUUUUGUUUUUCAACUUCAAAAAGAAAUAUAAGAAAAGGGUGCUUGAAUUCAGAUUUUUCGACCAAAAAAACAUCAGAUUUGAAGCUUUUGGAGGAAAAAAUCAUAAAGAAGUCGGGCAAGAAAUUUUUGUUGUUUCAAUUUUUUUAAAAACAGUUGUAAUUUUGUAAAAAAAUUAAUUUCAAACCCAUGAACAUGCAACAUUAUGAAUUUUAAAUUGUUCUCUCACAAAGAAGGUCAUUUUACUUUACGGUUGGGAUUUCCCUGAAAAUUGGCGAGAACCCUCCUUGAUGUACUAAAAGAAGAUUCUGAAAGUCUCAACCUGCCCAAGUUUCUCGUUUUUGAAAAAAGACGUCUCAAAGUUGAAAAAAACCAUCAAAUUCAUGAAACUAGGCCAUUUUGAGGCUUUGAGCAAUUAUUUCUCGAAAACUAAGAAGUUGUGCAGGUUGAGACUUUCAGGAUCUUCAUCUGGUACAUCAAGAAAUGUUCCUUUUCCGAGAAAUUCCCAACCGCAAAAUAAAUGAGUUCCCCUGUCAAUUGAUAACAUCUCUACCGUAAUCCCACCUCAUUUUGAACUCCUUAUCGCCUCUCUCUCCCUUGUCAUUUGCAGUUCAUAUUCCGUUUUUUUCAUCGUCCUCAUUAACUUCCAUGCGUCAGAUGACCAACGAGCUGCUGACAGCUCGAGAGGCGCGAGAGUCGUUCGGGAGGACACGCGACGCGACACGCGCCGCCCCCCAAAAGGUCCGUCCUCCUUUUCCCGCCAGUCGGCCAAAACCCGAUGACGACCGCCGUCGCCGUCGCCCGUCGCCACCAGGCAGCUGCAGGUGAAAAAGCCAUUUUCCAAUGCAUUUCUGAGUUUUUUGUGAUUUUUUUCUAUGGGAGAGUAGAUUUGGAGGCACUUCUCAUCGAUAUAGGUGGGGUUUAUCUCCGAAAAAGGAAUGUAAAAGUGAAAAAAAAGCCUUUUCCGAUGUAUUUGUGAGUUUUUCGGGAUUUUUCCAUGAGAAAGCCGACUGUGAGGCCAUUUUCAAGAUUUCUUUCAGAAAAAAAAAGAAAAACGCGUGCGAAAAAGGCCCUUUUCCAUUGCGAUUUUGAGUUUUCUAAGGCUUUCUCUUCUUGAGAAAGUCAAUUAUAGCAUCAAAAUAAGUAGGGUUUCUGUUUCAGAAGAAAUGAGAAUGUAAAAAACACCUGGGUCUGUUUGGAAAAGCAGUUUUUUCAUCACUAUUAAAUCAGAAUGAAACACUUUUGAAAAGUCUAAGUCUCUUAUUUCGGCACACUCUUUAGCUAUCUAUAUAUUCUCAUAAAUUACUCCUCAAAAUCGUCCACGAAUUAACUGUUCCUUUUUGAAAGAAGUAGGAUUUUUUUUAUCAAAUAUCUGCUAGGUUAAAAUUUUCCUUGAUAAUUUUCCUUGACGUACAAAUCUGUGAUUUUGAAAUAAUUUCUUUUUAAUCCGAAAUUACCAAUUCUUCGAAUAACUUUUUUCAAAAUUAUAUCCCUUCAAAUUUUCUGGAUUUUCAUACUUUUUCAAAAUAUCCUUCUAUAAGUGGAGCUUUAUUUUGUCAUUUAAUUUUAAGUUUGAAAAAAAUUUAAUGCUUUAGAAUAUUGAUUUUUCAUUAAUUUUUCGAGAAUCUUUGUUUCUUUUUAGUAAAAUUAUUUCUUUCACCCUUUUUCCGAUUUUUUUUGUGCGUAAUUUGGGUCUUUCUUUACAUCAAAAAAAAAUCUGACCUUCAAAAUCUUUGAGAUUUAAAAGCAAACAUCCACAAGCUUCAAAUAAUGCAAAUUCACAGCAGUUUCUGAGGAACCUCAAAAUUUCCCAAUCCUUUUCUGAAUACUCAAUUUAGGAGUCGAUGGAAUUCAAUUUGUUCCAUCGACAAACGAGUUGUUGCUCAUGUUUGCACUUUCCAAGGUCAACUUUUCAGAAAAUCUGAGAAAAAAAAAAGAAAAUUCAGUGAUUUCAUGCCUAACAAGGAUGAUUUUGUAAGGGUUGACUUUAUCACAAACUCCACAUUUCCAGUUCAAACGUCGUUUUUCGAAAAAGAAGCGCUGGCGGCAACUUGCAGCGGCACGACAAGUCAUAUCCAAGACGAACAGGUCCGGUUUUUUUUGGUUUCACUUCUACUUUCCGAAGAAAGUUGCGUAUAAUAGCUACUCAAGGGGAGGAUUGUAUGUUUCGUUUAACGUUUCGGGCGAUUUCAAGAGAAGAAAUGGAGAAAACACGGAAAGAUUCGCGUCGUUUGUCAUGGCUUUGAAAUGCGUUCAGUCUGAAAAAAAGAUGAUUUGGGGGGUAUAAAGUGCGGGCGUUUGAAAAAUGCGAUCGCACAGAGAAAAGGACUGUUUUUUUGAUGCUUUAUGGGAAAUUGAUAAACCAAAAAAACAGGCGUUUCUUAAUUUUUUUUUUUCAGUUUUUUUGGCAAUUUUUUAAAUUUUUCCUCUUUUUAUUGUUAUCCUCUUUCCUUCAAAAAAAAAGUCGGUUCGAAAAAGAACUGCGCCGAAAUUAAUGAAUCCAUUAUAUAUAAUAAGCUUAUUUUCAUUUCUUAAAAAAAUUAAGCUUCUCACUAGGAGUUUUUUUCUAAAAUUCAUAUGUCUGUAUUGAACUGGAAACAGAAAAAAAAAAUUAUUUUAAAAAAUGGUUUGAAUAAAGAUUAUGUCAAAAUAACAAAAAGAGGUAUCAUAUACUAAUUAGAGAGCAAUCGAGAAAAAUUAUAUUUUUAUUGUUUUUUGAGAGAAUAAUGAAAAUUCGUGAGCUCCCGUUUUUUAUUAAUUUUCGGUUUUAUAAACGCCCGAACUUCAUAGUUUUCGAAAUAUGAGACUCAUAAAAAUUACAAAUUUUCGUUUUUAUUCACAUAUGAACCAAGAAACAAGGAUAAAAUAUUUUUUUUAGAAGAAAAUAUUUUUUUACUCUGCAAAAUUUGAGAACUGAUUCCGUCGCUAAGUGAUUUUUUUUUCUUCGAAGAUUUCAGCGAAAAAUUUUCGAAACAUUUCUACAGCAACCUGGCUCGGUUCUGAGAAGUUUUUUGAUGGAUUUAUGGAUUUUCUACUCUAGAAAAUGCCUUUUUCUGGCAAGAUUUUUCAAAGUUCUACUUUUUGAUUGAAUUUUUGACCAGGAAGUAGGAAUACUCGACUUUUAGUGAACUGGCACAGAUGUCUGAGUUUCGCAUUUCACUUGGGUUUUUUUAAAGGUGUAAUGUUCGAAAACUUUCGGGGGUUUUUUUUUCUCAUUUUGCUCACUGAUAUUUCAAGAUACCUUUUAAUGUUUCAAAAAAAGUUUUAUAUAUGGUGAGAAACUAAAUUUUUUUGAUAAACGGUUAGACUUUCUACCUGGAAAAAAAUUUGAGAAGGGUCAAAUAAUUAGAGAAGAUAUGGUCGCAGGCCGGUUCCCGGUCCGUAUCCAGCCCCAAUUUUCGAGUUUCAAAUUUUUAGGCCAAAUGAUCAUAAUUACGGGUGAUAACAGAUUUUUGAUUAUUUUAUCAAAGAUUUUGAAGUUUGUGACAGAAAAGUGCAAAAACUGGCAAAAUAUUGACCGCUUCGCAAGGCAGUUUUGAGAAAAACGGGAAUUUUUGAUUGAGACAAUUUGCAGGCCGAAGAACUCGAAGCAAAAGUGCGUGACGCCCUGCGAGAACGGGACGAACAAUGGAGACGGCACGAAAAGGUGCACAAAAACAUCCUUUCCCUGGGUUCGAAGACCGGAAAUAAGCUUUUCGGGUUCAAAGAAUGGGUUGAAAGAUGAAAGGGAAAGAACAUUUCUCUCAGUAUCUAUUUUUUGUUCAGUAGAUAUUCAAAUGAGUUCGAAAAAAGAAAAAGGGAAAAACUUCAAGAUGAUACGUAUGUGAUAUUUUAUCAAAAUCCCAACAUUUCCAGGCCCAAAUCACAUUUUUGCAAAACGAGACGGCGGCCAUGUUGAAAAGCCUGCACGUGGAGAUCGACCGUCUGUCGAGCGAAUUGAGAUGUUUGAAAAUUCGCCGAAUGUGCGCUCCAUUGACAAAUCGCCUUUUUCAGACGCCAAACGGCAGCUUUUCAUCGGGGAGAACGAAUCGGGCGAAGGCGUCGAGGAGGCGGCCAAAAAAAUCGAGAAGUUGGAAAAGGUGAGAGUUUUCAACUCUUGAAAGGAAUACUGUUAUAGAUAAUUUCAAGCCUUGUGGUUUUUUUUAAUGUUUUUGACUUUAAGAACAUCUCGGACUUCGGUAUUGCAAACCAGGCGCGCCUCGGACGCUUCUGAGAAAUUCUAGGGGCCACUUUAGCGGCGUCAGUCCUCUUAAGUGAUCCCUGGAAUUUUGCAAGCGUUCGGGGCGCUUUCGCUUUUUUUAACUUUUCUAUGAGUUUUUUUUCUAAAAAAAUUUUAUAAUUUAAUGCUUUUUUUGUUCUGACUGUUCAACCCCUUAUGAAAAUUUUCAGCUCCAACCGAUUUUUAAAACUUGUUCUGACCCAAUAUUUUCAAUACUAUUUUCAGCAACUUCUUGAAAAAGAGGCCUACACUCGGAAUAUCGAAAAGAAGGUCACAGCGACGAUCGAAAAGCUCCAGGAGCAGAUCGGCAUCCAGAAUGACCGGAUUCGACAGCUCAGCGACGAGUUGAACGACCGCAACCAGACUGUUGCUCAUCUUAGCGGACAGGUAUCCUGACCAGAUAAUCUAUCAGACUUGGCUCUUUGUGCAGAUUUAAAAACAGGAAAAUUUGCACGAUCAGUAAAAAAAUCCUCAAAAAGGCGUUUUGAUUGAGCUUAUCUCGGAUCAUAGAUGAUAGUAAAAUGAUAACAAAAAUUACUUUCUCUUUUUUUUUUGAAAAUUUUUUUGAGACGAAAUUCAAGUUUUCUCACGUGCUCAAAAAUCGAAAAAUGCUUAUCUUUGGCUAGAAUCUAGAAAUAGCCUCAGCGAAGUUUCGAACUGGGUCCAUUUGUAAUCACCUUGCGAAAUCGACGACUUCUAAACGUGUUCAGCUGCGACAAAUCCGACUCCGCGAAGCGAUGGCGACUGCGCAACAGCGACGCAGAGCUUCGCAGUCGUCGACGUCGCCGCUGACGUCGCCGUGCAGUCCGCACCGGAUCUUCGCCCCGGGAACCGGCCUCGUCAGCUCCUCCGUCUCCGUCACUUAUCCUCAUGAGAUCUUCACUCGGACGUCAGUUUGGAGUUCUUUCUUCUUAAUGAAAGAGAUAUAGAAAUAAUAGAAACUUCUUUUGACUUUUUUGAAAACGAAUCAAUGAAAAAUCGAAGAUUUUAUCGAUUAAGUUUGAUAUUCUUCGCAGUAAAGUAAUAUAACUAGUUUCCAUUAUUUUGGUACCACGUUUUUUUUGUUAGGACUUAACACACGUUCUCUGAGAAAAAUCGAUGACUUUUCAGUAAUAAAAAAAGCAAAACAAAAAUAAAAAUUUUUUUAAAUUUGCCUCAAAAUGUGAUCACGGUUCACACACGUGCUUCUGAUUAUUUAGCACCAGGUUCCAGGUGGCUCCGCCCCUUUUUAAAAAGAUACUGUAGACAAUAAGCUAAAAAAAUUAAUUUUUUUUCCUGUUGAGAAUUUUUCAUUCAAAAAAAUGUUUGGAAAUGUAAGAAAAACACUAUUUUUGAGUAUUUUUUCAGUUGCAACUUUUUUUCUAACUCGACUUCUUCGGGGAGAAAAAAAUCGAAAUUUCCUCAAAAACAGCGAUUUUUUCAGUUUUUGAGCCAUAACUAGAGUAAGAACCCCCCUAUGGUACGACUUUUAUUUCUGAUUAUGAAACUAGGGGUCUUCUUCUUCAAGAAAAAGUAGUUCUACAACAAAUCCCUGGGGUGGGAUAGUUGACCUCCAUUCGACCGAAGGUGAUCAACUCGAUUCGGCUCAAAAUUCAAAAAAUCAUUUUUCUCCUAAUUUGACGGCUUCUUUCUCUUUUUUUGUUUUGAAACAAAAGAUAACACUCACGUUCAUGUUCUCCGUCAUUUUGGUGCUCAAAGAAAAUUUUAUUCCGAAUUUCUCGAGACUUUUCGAAUUUUCGGACUUUCGUCGAUUUUCGAUUUUUUCCGUUUUCAGGUAGUUUUUUCUGUAGGAACCCCCGAAUGUGGUAAUUAUCUUUUGGUAUAUGGAAGAGUAGGUCUUUCUGGAUAAGAAAAAAUUAGUCCGGUAAAAAUCUCUGGGGUGGCCCAGUUGACCUCCGAUCGCCUGAAGGUGACGACCCCAAAAAUGGAAUUUUCAUACAGGCUCGGAAAACAACUUUUUUUGUUUCCAUUCUAACAAAAAACUUUUUCAGUGAGACCUACAUCACUUUUCAACAUGAAUCGGAGUCUUUUCGGCAAGAAAUAUGUAGUUUUAUUCAAAUUUGAGGCUUCGCACGCUUAUCUUCGUUUUCACCGUUCUUACCUGCUCUAAAUUGCUGAAGUAACCUGGAAAACCGUUCAAAAAGAUUUUAGGGAAACCCAGCAAAUGUUUGAAUUUUUUUGAACACCUAAGCAAAUGAAAUCGGGGUUAAGAAAUGGCGAAAAAAGCUGUUUAAUCAACUUUUUCGAGAAAUAAAAACACCUUAUGACAUUCAAUAAUGUCGAUGAUUCUCAAAAAUUAUUUUUUCGCUAAAAUACAGUAACUGACAGUUUUUUACCUUUUCAAUCGACUCUAUCCAUACACUUUUUCCCUGAAAUUGAGGUUUCUGAAGCUUUUAGAAGUUCUUGUAAUACGAUUCUGGCUUUUUUUGUGUUGCAACGUUUAUACAGACACUUAUUCAUGUUUUUCAUUCAUUUACAGAACAACUCAAAUGAAAAAAAGUUUUGGAAAAAUGCAUUUUUUUGACCUAAGAAGCGUUUUAAUGCAUCUUCCAGAUUAUAGUCAGGUUUAUUAAGUCUCUCUUUUUUCUUUCUAGUCAGUUUCAUCAAUAGUUGUUUUUUAAAGAGUAAUUGACAUUAUUGAUUGUCAUAAGGUGUUUUUAUUUUUCGAAAAAGUUGAUUAAACAGCUUUUUUCGCCAUUUCUUAACGUACCAUAGGGGGGUUCUUACUCUAGUUAUGGCUCAAAAACUGAAAAAAUCGCUGUUUUUGAGGAAAUUUCGAUUUUUUUCUCCCCGAAGAAGUCGAGUUAGAAAAAAAGUUGCAACUGAAAAAAUACUCAAAAUAGUGUUUUCUUACAUUUCCAAACAUUUUUGAAUGAAAAUUCUCAACAGGAAAAAAAUUAAUUUUUUUCAGCUUAUUGUCUACAGUAUCUUUUAAAAGGGGCGGAGCCACCUGGAACCUGGUGCUAAAUAAUCAGAAGCACGUGUGUGAACCGUGAUCACAUUUUGAGGCAAAUCAAAAAAACUUUUUUUUUAUUUUGCUUUAAAUUCAUCGACUUUCUCAGAGAACGCGUGUUAAUUUUAAAGUUUUAGUUUCAAGGUUCAUUUUAAGUGCCUUUUUAAUCUUUUUGGACCGCAAGUCCAAGAAUUUUGGCGUGAGAUAAAAUGCUUUUUCCGCAUAUUGGUGAGAAAUGAACCAACACCGAACUGCGGGCUAUGCUCUUUAUUUGACGCCUAAUUUUUUUUUCAUUUAAAAAUGCUUCUCAUAUCUCCGCUUCUGUGAGCAGAAUCUUCCGAUUUCUUGACGCCAAGUCGAAUGAAAUAACGUUGAGUUUGUUAAGCUUCUUUAGAAAUCGAAUAUAAAUCGAAAGACCCUUUGAGAUUACCAGCCUCGAAAAAAUUAGGUCUUGCGGUUCAGUAAUGAUAUUUUAAACUCAGAAAAGAAGAACCAUCCAGUUGUUUUCCUUGAUCGAUUUUCUGAUAAGAAACUGCUUCCUAACUCACCACUUUUCCGUUUCAAAAGUUGAAUAAAAUUAGAAGUCACAGUUUCUGUUUCCAUUGCACUUUUCCGAACGGUGAUUUCAGAAGAGAAGUCGGCGGAAGCAUCGAAAAGCCGUCGCAACGGCGUUCCUUCUCCGCAGCACGGGCGCCGCAGCUGCCGCGUUGA